AAAUCACAGUCCGUCUUCUGCAAUUCAAUUUUGCACUCCCAAUCUAGAGAGAGAAAAAAAAAUGGAACCACCGCAAGACGACGACCACCGCCGCCGCUGCCUCGAAGAUCACUCGCCGCAAUUCCCACCUCCGCCGUCAUCCUGCGCAAAGUGCGGCGGCCCGACGUGUUCCCCAACUCCACCGCCGCCCUCAUCCACCCCAUCCUACAUCCCAAUCCGCUUCCCCGCCGUGAACCUCCCCACGCCACCAGCCAACAUCAAGGAGACGAUUAUCCGAACGCCCGUACCCCAAUCGGAGAAAGUUGAACUCAUCACUCCGCCGCACCAAUUCACCGCCCCUUGCAAAAAAAUCCGGUCCCAAGACGACGUCGCACGGUUCCACUCCUCCCCUUCCUUCCGCAACUUCCUCGGCUUCGUCGUCUCCUUAUCGGAAUCCAUGAAAUCGCGCAAGAUCUCGUACCCCUGCCACAUGUCCCCCGCGGCCGAAACCCUACUGUCGAUUCUCCAGAAGCUGGUUGACUGCGUUGACGAAAUUCCUCCGGCGCCGCAGUCCGCUCGGUACGGCAACGUUUCGUACCGCGUGUGGCACGAGCGCAUGAGCGCCGAUGCCGAGGGGUUUAUGCUGAUGCUGCUGCCGCCGCAUCUCCGUGACGCCGCCGUGGAGCUUGUGCCCUAUUUCACUGAUAGCUUUGGGAAUUCCUCCCGCAUUGAUUACGGUACAGGGCACGAGACGAAUUUUGCGGCGUGGUUGUAUUGCCUAGCAAGAUUGGAUAUUGUGAGAGAAGAGGAUUACCAAGCCUUGGUGUCAAGAGUGUUUGUCAAGUACUUAGACUUGAUGAGAAAAUUACAGCUAACUUACUCCUUGGAGCCCGCAGGGUCCCACGGUGUGUGGGGACUCGACGACUACCAUUUCUUGCCGUACGUAUUCGGGUCGUCGCAAUUGAUCGACCACAAGUAUAUGAAGCCGAAAUCCAUUCAUAAUGAGGAUAUUUUGGAGAAUUUCUCAAACGAAUAUUUGUAUCUCACGUGUAUUGCUUUCGUGAAGAAGGUGAAGAAGGGUUUGUUUGCUGAGCAUUCGCCUAUGUUGGAUGACAUCAGCGGUGUUCCGAAUUGGAAUAAGGUGAACAGUGGGCUAUUGAAAAUGUAUAGAGUAGAAGUUAUGGAGAAGGUUCCUAUCAUGCAGCAUUUUCUGUUUGGCUCGAUUAUCAAAUGGGUGGAUUGAAAGGUCGGAGGCAGAUCGUUUCUGAAUUCAUCUAUGGACUGUAUGUGAUCCCGUACGAAACUUAAAAUUACUAUUAUUUCUCUCAUUUUUCUUCGUUCGUAAUGCUUAACUUAUUAGUACAACAUUGUAGCCAUAAUUUGGUAUGAAGAUAGCUAUUAGAAGCUUACUGUCAAGAACUCAAAAACUAUCGCAAGGCUUACGAAGUUAUGUAUUCGCCCUUUCCCAAGACGAGGCUUCAUCUUCUAUACAACCGCAAUUACGAUACGUAUCUAUAGAUCUUUAAAUGUGUGAGGACCAUUUUUAGUCUAUUGAUGUUAUUUCGUGAAAUUCGAAACCUAGGUCGAUACGAAACAUCCCUUGCAACCCUAGUCAAAACAAAACACAUGUUGCAGGAUUGAAAAUUUGGUUGGCUCAACAAAAAGCUCUUAUUAACAACAACCCUCUUGAUUAUUUAAUAAAACAAAUCUUGGAAAAAAAUGUUUGCUUUCUCAUUGCAAUAAUUCCCAAAGGAAAGAAGAAUCUACAAACACAAUAUAGUAAGCAACAUAUAUAG